UUUGUUCGAUUACUCCGUGUUCGAGCUUCUGUGUCCGAGCGCUCUGCGUUCGGUUGCUCAGGUCUGAGCUCUGUGACAUAAACUCCAAAACAUUUGUCUCGCGCAGCUGAGAGUCGGUGAGAUCAGCGCAGAGGGAAGAAGCACAGAGAUGAAGCGUAGCUCGUUUCCCGGUUAGAGACGGGGGCUCCGCCGCCCUGCCGAGCACACCGACACGCGGCACCGCCUCACCAUGCCCCGGGACUGUGUGCGGUUUCUCUGAGCGUUGAUAUGUGUGAGCUUUACGUGUUUGACAUGCGCGAGACAUGAGCGGUGCUGUUGUUAUUAGCAGGCGCGAGCUCUCAUCUCCAGUUGUGCAGGACAAGAUGGCAGCAGUGCACACAGAUGGACACGCUAUGAGUUAUUAUAUGAGUGUAUAAAAUGUCCGGAGAAACAUUGGAGCUAACCAACUGUUACUCUACGUGAAGGUAUGGCCUCACAAGUCUUGGUCUACCCACCACAUGUUUAUCAAACUCAGACAAGUGCCUUUUGCAGUGUGAAGAAACUUAAAGUCGAACCCAACAACUGUGUUUACCAUGAGAGGGCCUUCCCACUGACUUUUUUGAAUGGUAGAACCCUUGGCAUCGGACAGCCAACGAAAUUUGCACCGACGUACAAGACACGGGACUUUGCAGGGGGCAGAAACCGUGGGGACUUUCCAGUGCAGACUGUCGCUGUACAAGGUGUACAACGACAACCAACCAGUGCAGCAGCACAUCACCAAGAAAGAGGUGUCCCUUUACAGGGCAAAGAGCUGAAACAUCUGGAAAAAGGCAGGAGCAGCAGUGGAGCUACAGGGGCAUCUGGAGGGGUCAGGGGUGAGGACAACAGGAGUAGUGGGGGAGAAGGAGUUGCCGGUGGAGGGAACGACGAGGACAAGGAAGAAGACGACUGUAGUUCCAACUUGGCAGAUGGUUCCCAGCGAUGCGGUUUGAAACGUAAGAGCGAGGAGUUGGAGAACCAGGGAAACGCCAUGCAGAUAGUGGAGGACCUGUCAAUGUUGCCUGCAAUGUUGCAAACGAACGUGGGGAACCCACCAGUUGCAGUCCCGGCAGCCGUAGCAGCGGGGCCAGUGAAACAAGGCGGUGGAACUGGCAGCGGAGACGGCGACUACCAGCUGGUGCAACAUGAGGUGCUUUGUUCAAUGAAGAACACCUAUGAGGUGCUGGACUUCCUUGGCCGUGGUACCUUUGGUCAGGUGGUCAAAUGCUGGAAACGAGGCACCGGUGAGGUGGUGGCGAUAAAGAUCCUGAAAAAUCACCCAUCCUACGCACGGCAGGGCCAGAUCGAGGUCGGCAUCUUGGCCCGUCUGAGCGGAGAGAACGCAGAUGAGCAUAACCUGGUGCGGGCUUUCGAGUGCUUCCAGCACCGCAAUCAUACCUGCCUGGUGUUCGAGAUGCUUGAGCAGAACCUAUAUGAUUUCCUCAAGCAGAACAAAUUCAGCCCGCUGCCUCUAAAGGUGAUACGGCCCAUUCUUCAGCAAGUGGCUACCGCACUCAAGAAAUUGAAGGCCAUGGGUCUGAUCCAUGCUGAUCUGAAGCCUGAGAACAUUAUGCUUGUGGAUCCUGUUCGACAGCCGUACCGGGUGAAAGUCAUAGACUUCGGUUCCGCCAGCCAUGUCUCCAAAGCCGUUUGCUCCACGUACCUCCAGUCGCGGUACUACAGGGCUCCGGAGAUCAUCCUGGGCCUGCCUUUUUGUGAAGCCAUAGACAUGUGGUCACUGGGCUGCGUGAUAGCGGAGCUGUUCCUGGGCUGGCCCUUGUACCCCGGGGCUCUGGAGUAUGACCAGAUCCGCUACAUCUCCCAGACACAGGGUUUACCUGGAGAGAACCUGCUGAACCUGGGGACCAAGACGUCUCGCUUCUUCUGCAGAGAGUCUGACUCCCCAUACGCUGCAUGGAGACUGAAGUCCACAGAGGAACACGAGGCAGAAACCGGAAUGAAAUCGAAGGAAGCCAGAAAGUAUAUUUUCAGCUGUUUGGAUGAUGUUGCGCAUGUGAAUUUAGUGAUGAAUCUGGAAGGCAGUGACUUGUUGGCUGAGAAGGUGGAUCGUGGAGAGUUUGUGCUCUUGCUAAAGAAGAUGUUAUGGAUCGACUCGGAGAAGAGAAUUGUCCCCAGUGAAGUCCUCAACCAUCCCUUCGUCACCAUGCAGCACCUGCUGGACUUCCCCCACAGCAAUCAUGUGAAGUCGUGUUUCCACAUCAUGGACGUGUGCAGGCCGCGCCCCGGAACCUACGAUGGUGUGAACCGGAACAAAGCCUCGUUCACGAGACCGCCCGCAACCUCGGCGCCCAACCUCCCCGUGCCCUACAGCAAGAUGGCCGCCAUACACACACAACCUUUGGCUCCGUCUGCUCCCUCCGUCAUACAUCCUGCCAUCCCGCUCCAGACAGGAAGUGCUCAGUUUGGGGAUUCCUUUCAGCAAGCCCUCAUCAUCUGCCCUCCAACUCUACAAGGUCUCCCCCCCAACCCCAACAAGCCGACGGGCUACUCGGUGCGAAUGGAGAGCACGGUCCCGCUGGUGACCCAGGCCCCCACCAUCCAGCCUCUGCAGAUCAGACCAGGCGUCAUCACACAGCAAGCCUGGUCCAAUCGGGCCCAACAGAUCCUGGUUCCGGCCUGGCAGCAGGUGACCCCGGUGGCGUCCGAUUCUGUGGCAGGACCACAGAGGCUGGCAGACUGGGGGAAAGUCCGGCCUCACGGAAACCACUACAGCUCCAUCCUGCCCCACCCCCAACCUCUGCUAGCCAAUCACAUGACAGCCAUGUCAGCGCACCAGCCAAUCAGCAUCGGUAUCGCUCACGUGGUGUGGCCGCAGCCGGCGGCUAACAAGAGAAACAAACCCUGCGCUAACAGGACUAACUUCUUACACAACAGCAACACACACACCACCGCGUGCCAUUCCCCAAAGACCACCACCGCUCACAAACGCACAGAGGCUGCCGAGGGUCAGUGUCCCGAGACGGAAGAUUGUGUGGUGGAGGCGGAGUCACAGGCUGAGUCUCAGGAGGAAGAGGAGGAGGAGCCUGCAUGCUGUAAAGUGGAGGUAGAGGUGGAGGCGGAGUCGAACAGACUGGGCGUGUCUGAGACGCAGAGGCAGGCCGUGACGGCCGACACCCCGAGUCCAGCAGGCAGCGUGAUCAGCAUCAGCAGUGAUGAAGAGGAGGAGGAAGAGGAGCCGGAAGCACAGAAGCAUUCAGUAGAGUGUAAAGGCAGUCCGGAGUGUGAGGCAUGUCGGAGUACGCUGAAUAUGGAGCGAGUUUGUUCUCUCAGCAGUCCUGACUCCAGCCUCAGUACCAGUUCAUCAGCAUCAGUACAGUCCAGCACCUCACCCUGCAAGAGACCCAACAGCAUGUCUGAGGACGAGCGAGAGAGCGGCUGCGAUACGGUAGACGGCUCUCCUGCCUCGGACUCGUCGGGUCGAGCGGACAGUCCGUUCCUGGAGAGCAGUUACAUCGCCGAUGGGAAUCAGAACUAUAAAAGCCACGUGAACGCAGAGACGGAGAUGAGCAAAGCCCCUGUACGGACCAUGGUGGUGCCUCCCAUGAGGGUGCAGAAUAACAACAAUGAACCGGCGGCCAGAACGGUCCCGGAGCCGUUGUGUCAGGUGAAAGGUCGCGUCGGUGCCGUCAGACAGCCUCAUCACUCAACCCCGCUCCUGAACCGACCGCAGAAACUCAUCCCUCCAUCCCAGCAGUCACAGCCACCGCCGCCUCCACCACCACCACCUUUUGGGCAGCUCCAGCAUCCCGCUUCGUCCCACACAGAAUGGAACGGCAACUACAGCCACCGGCGGCCUCAGGCUUUCAUCCCCCCCACGGUGCACGGGCACGCCUUCACCCUUCCACACAGCAGCCCCACCCACUCCACGGCCCAUCCCCCCGGCCCGCCCCUGGGCAUCGUCCACCCCCACGCUCAGCCCGCGUUGCUCUCGUACCCGCCUUCGGCUCCUCUGGUGCCCACCGGCCACAUGUCGCACCUCCUGCCCUCGCCCGGUACUACACGGAGCCACGUGCUCCUUUCGCACCCGGCCAGGCACCUGGUGCACCAAGUGAGUGUGGGCAUCAGCGCCCGCCUCUUGCCCUCGCCCACGCUCCACCCUCAGGGCCAAUUCAAACCUCUCUUCCCUUCACACUCGUACAUCGCAUCUCCCGCCUACGCGGGCUUCCCGCUGAGCCCCACCAAACUCAGCCAGUACUCCUACAUCUGACGGCCUCUGGGUGCGGGCAGCACGUCCGCCCCCGCCCCCGGUCUGGGGGUGUCUCACAGGAACCACACGUCAUCCGGAUUUCAUGCCCAAAGCCAUGGCACAAACAAGAACCCAAACAAGCUGUUUUUUUUGUUUUUGUGAACCACGUCAACUCGGGUGCAAUCGAACUUUAAUCGAGCUUUAAAAAAAAAAAAAAGAACGAAUGUUUUUCGAAGGUAUUUCGCAAGUCGGUGAAGAACGCAAAGAGGAAAAAGCAAGUAUGGAUGAAAAAAAAGACAAUGUGUUUUGCACAUUUUCUACAACUUCUUGUCAGAUUUUCAAACGAAGCACUCCUCCAAACAGGUGAAUAAAAAGGAGGCGCAAAAAGAAAAAAUCA